AUGAUGAUGAUGGCGCUGAGCAAGACCUUCGGGCAGAAGCCCGUUAAGUUCCAGCUGGAGGACGACGGCGAGUUCUACAUGAUCGGCUCCGAGGUGGGAAACUACCUCCGUAUGUUCCGAGGUUCUCUGUACAAGAGGUACCCCUCGCUGUGGAGGCGGCUAGCCACAGUGGAAGAGCGGAAGAGAAUAGUGGCAUCGUCACAUGGUAAAAAAACAAAACCUAACGCCAAGGAUCACGGCUACACGACGCUGGCCACCAGCGUGACCCUGCUCAAGGCCUCAGAGGUGGAGGAGAUCCUGGACGGCAACGACGAGAAAUACAAGGCUGUGUCCAUCAGCACAGAGCCCCCCACCUACCUCAGGGAGCAGAAAGCCAAGAGGAACAGCCAGUGGGUGCCCACCCUGCCCAACAGCUCCCACCAUCUGGACGCGGUGCCCUGCUCCACCACCAUCAACAGGAACCGCAUGGGGCGUGACAAGAAGAGGACCUUCCCUCUCUGCUUUGACGACCAUGACCCCGCCGUCAUCCAUGAGAAUGCCUCACAGCCUGAGGUGCUGGUCCCCAUCCGACUGGACAUGGAGAUUGAUGGGCAGAAGCUGCGGGACGCCUUCACCUGGAACAUGAAUGGGCUGUUGAGGCGUGGCCAGCCGCCCACCCUCCUGGCUCAGACGAGGGCAGUGGUGCUGCCCCACCUGGGCUCAGCCGCCUGGCCCUUCACACACAGCCCUCAGCCACGUCGGCCCCUGCUCUUCAUCAGUGAUGCCGCACACGUGGCUUCCCGCCCAGUGCUGCCCUUGCUGAACAUCCACGUGGGCAACAUCUCCCUGGUGGACCAGUUCGAGUGGGACAUGUCGGAGAAGGAGAACUCGCCCGAGAAGUUUGCUCUGAAGCUGUGCUCAGAGCUGGGCCUGGGCGGGGAGUUUGUCACCACCAUCGCCUACAGCAUCCGGGGACAGCUGAGCUGGCACCAGAAAACCUACGCCUUCAGUGAGAACCCCCUGCCCACGGUGGAGAUCGCCAUCCGGAACACAGGCGAUGCCGACCAGUGGUGCCCACUGCUGGAGACGCUGACAGACGCCGAGAUGGAGAAGAAGAUAAGGGACCAGGACAGGAACACCAGGCGGAUGCGGCGUCUCGCCAACACGGCCCCGGCCUGGUAA